AUGACAAGUCGACCUACGUCAUCACCGCCCAAACCCGAUGACGAUCCGGACCUUUAUUCCCGACCCGUUCUGUUCCCUAAUCAAGCUCAAGCCACCGCCACCGUAGCUGGUCAUUGGAAGAAGGGGACCGGUAUUCGGGCAUUGCUUAUACUAGACUCGACGUGCCACACCCAGAUUGUAGAGGCCAGAAAACAUGCAAUCAUGAGACUCACAGGUUUACCCGCUCGAGAUCUUGGGAUAUUGGACCCGCUUCUGUCGUACCCAUCUACGAUUCUGGGUCGUGAAAGGGCGAUCGUGAUUAACUUGGAACAUAUUAAGGCAAUCAUCACAGCGCAAGAGGUUUUGCUUUCGAAUUCUAAGGAUCUUUCGGAAGCUGCGGUUGAUGAUUCCAACUACAUAAUUCGAUCGAGUUCUCAAAAUUUGUCAUCAAGGUUUUCACAGCCGCAGAAUCUGGAUGAUGAAGGUAAAUCAGAAGAGAAACAGAGUCUUGAGAACCCAAAUAGCUUCAAGAUUCUUCCAUUUCUGUUUGUUGCAUUGGAGGCAAAGACAUUGGAGCUAGAGGCUCAUCCUGCCUAA